AACUCGCCGCAAGUUCCAAGUCCCAUGCACGCAAGACUACCUUCUUCCCUGGAGGAAGAACCAGACGAGGAGAGCAUCUGGACCCCUCUCCAGCUGGCCGCCGCACAAGGCAAUCUCCCCCAAGUGAAGAAUCUCUUGAGUCAAUCCUCCAGCAACCCCAACGAGCCCGCCCGCGGCUACUACGGCCAAACCGCACUCCAGGCCGCCUCGGUAAACGGACACCUCGAGGUGGUCGAGACGCUCCUAGCCGCCGGGUCGGAAGUGGAUGCCCCCGGGGGCAACAACGGCGGCCGCACCGCGCUGGCCCUAGCCGCAGGCGCCGGCUACUUCAGCGUCGUUCGCAUUCUGGUCGUCGCCGCAGGCGCGGACGUCAGCCGCCCCCCGCACAAAUACAUGGGGCGCACCGCUCUGCAGGCCGCAGCUGAAGGCGGCCAUCUUGAGAUGUUACGAUGGCUGUUACACCAAAGUAAACAGCAGCCCGUCGCAGAAAUCAACGCGCCCCCAGCCAGUAACCGGGGCCGGACUGCACUGCAGGCCGCGGCACUGGGCGGCUAUGACGAAAUGGUGGAGUUCCUGCUCCAUGCUGGUGCGGAUGUGAAUGCAUCCGCCUCGAGGUAUCAUGGCUUCACGGCACUCCAGGGCGCUGCCUUCCACGGUCAUCAGACCAUCGUCCGGCGACUGUUGGCGGCUGGCGCGGAUGUGAACGCCCCCGGCGCCCGGUAUAACGGCUACACAGCUCUGGCGGCAGCGGCAGAAGGCGGCCACGCGGAGAUUGUCAAACUCCUGCUCGACGCCGGGGCGGAUGCCACCAUGGUAUCGGGGAAUAAGAAUUGGACGGCGUCGCGGUUUGCGGCCUCGCGGGGACACCAAGAUCUCGUGUAGCUUUUGAAGUAGACAUAGGUCUAUGACGGACGGCAAAUCCUCGCCCGGGAUGAGCCUUGCUUCCCACCCAAGAGAAAGGUACAGCCUUCUAAGUGCAAUUAGGUCGUGGGUAUUGGUUUGAGUCUCUCUAUCUCCAUAUACACUUACUACCUUUCGUAGUGGUUUUGCCUUCUCCACAGGAUAUUCUCGCUAGUUCUCCUCACUCAAGGCGCCUCGGCCGAGAGCAAGUAGCCUACUGGGCCAGUAUGGAGACUAGUAAACACUUUAAGCUCUCUCUC